CUUUCUGGAAGUGUUUAACGGGUGGAGAGGCCUGUAGAAACGGGGACUUCCGCGAGUGCCUGCGAACCCCAUUGUUUGUUUCAGCGGCUCAGUUCCUUUUACAGGAAGCUAGGCCGGGUGGGUGGAGAAGGAAAUAGCAACCCACUCCAGUGUUCUUGCCUGGAGAACUCCAGGGACGUGGGAGCCUGGUGGGCUGUCGUCUUUGGGGUCGCACAGAGUCGGACACGACUGAAGCGACUUAGCAGCAGCAGGCCGGGUGGGAGUGCUUAGAUGCCCCCAAAAGGCCCGGAAGGUUAGAAGAGCUACUGGUUUACUUUCCACAAAGGUGCCCUGCUCUUGCCAGGAAGCAGCUUACACUGUGACAACCUAAGGUGCUUGUGCUUUUUCCAAGCUGACAGCUCAACCUCAUGCCAUACUUACGUAGGCAUACACUGUUCUCUUUUACAACUGAGGAAAAUUGAGGUUCCCAGGCCCAGCGCUCCAGCUUAUCUUCCACACUGCAAUAACCCAGUCUCAAUCACUGCCAUGUGGAGGUUGCUUGCAGGAGAGGGGUUGAUAGACUCUGAUUUCUGUGCUGAAGUGUGGUCUUUGGAUUGCAGUGACAACAGGCCCUUUCUGCUUGUGAAACUGAACACAACAAAAGUAUGGAGAUGGGAAACCAACACCCUUCUAUUAGUAGGCUGCAGGAAAUUCAAAAGGAGGUGAAAAGCAUAGAACAGCAAGUACUUGGUUUCAGUGGUCUGUCAGAUGACAAAAAUUACAAGAAACUGGAGAGGAUUCUCACAAAACAGCUUUUCGAAAUAGACUCUGUAGAUACUGAAGGAAAAGGAGAUAUUCAGCAAGCCAGGAAGAGGGCGGCACAAGAGACAGAGCGUCUUCUCAAAGAGUUGGAGCAGAAUGCGAACCACCCACACCGGCUCGAAAUACAGAACAUUUUUCAAGAAGCGCAGGCCCUGGUGAAAGAGAAGGUUGUGCCGUUUUAUAAUGGAGGCAACUGUGUAACUGAUGAGUUUGAGGAAGGCAUCCAGGAUGUCAUUUUGAGGCUGACACAUGUCAAGACCGGAGGCAAGGUCUCCCUGCGGAAAGCACGGUAUCACACCUUAACCAAAAUCUGUGCCGUGCAGGAGAUUAUCGAGAACUGCAUGAAGAAGCAGCCUUCCCUGCCGCUCUCUGAGGACGCGCACCCCUCUGUUGCCAAGAUCAACUCUGUGAUGUGUGAAGUGAACAAGACCAGAGGCACACUGAUUGCCCUUCUGAUGGGAGUGAACAACAAGGAGACGUGCAGGCACUUAUCUUGUGUGCUCUCGGGGCUGAUGGCUGACCUGGAUGCUCUCGAUGUGUGCGGCCGCACAGAAAUCAGAAACUAUCGGAAGGAGGUCGUGGAAGAUAUCAACCAGUUACUGAGAUACUUGGACUUAGAAGAGGAAGCAGACACCACGCACGCAUUUGACCUAGGACAGAACCAUUCCAUUCUGAAAAUAGAAAAGGUCCUCAAGAGAAUGAGAGAAAUCAAAACUGAACUUCUCCAAGCACAGAAUCCUCCUGAAUUGUACCUGAGCGCCAAAACAGAACUACAGGGUUUGAUCGGACAGUUGGACGAGGUGAGUCUUGAAAAAAACCCCUGCAUCCGGGAAGCCCGGAGAAGAGCGGUGAUUGAAGUGCAGACCCUCAUCACUUACAUUGACUUGAAGGAAGCCCUGGAGAAAAGAAAGCUGUUGGCUUGUGAGGAGCACCCCUCACACAAGGCGGUCUGGGACGUGCUGGGAAACCUGUCGGAGAUCCAGGGCGAAGUGCUCUCCUUCGACGGCAAUCGAACCGACAAGAACUACAUCCGCCUGGAAGAGCUGCUUACCAAGCAGCUACUCGCCCUAGACGCGGUAGACCCACAGGGCGAGGAGAAGUGUAAGGCCGCCCGGAAACAGGCCGUGAAGCUGGCGCAGAACAUCCUCAGCUAUCUGGACCUAAAGUCGGACGAGUGGGAGUACUGAACAGCCAGAGAGCCUGCGGCUCCUGAUUCUGGUUUUGCACUUUAUGCACACAUCUUUGUAUCUGUAGAGAGCUUUCAGUUCAUUGAGCCUAAAUGUGAUUUAUACAUGCAUAUAUCAAUCUCAGUAUUUAAUGAUUUAAGCAAAUUAUAUUCAGUAUCUGCUGCUUUUGAUGUUGCAAAACAAAUAUUACAGCGUAUUAACUUUUGCAUUUGGAUCGCUAUCCUUAUGUUGUGGUGUGAUUUUUUGGGUUUUUUAAAAAAUCAGAAAAUGAAACGGGGCAGGUUUUAAACCUUUUUUUUUUUUUUUUAGCUUUUAAAAUAUUUUUAAUGGUUGUUCAAGCAUUAAAAUACAGCUAUUUCAGAAUCUAGAAAUACGUGAUAAAUACUAAGACAAUUAUGAGGAAGGGGGAAAUUUUUGGUUAAAUAGAAGUAAGGUCCAAGCACAAAUGCAGUACAAUGAUAUGUUUUGUUAUUAUGCUAAAUCAGGAUUUUUUUUCAUUCAUAAAACCCAGUGGUCCCACCCAAUUUAAUAGGGUGGGAGUUUUUUUUUCUAGAUGGUUGGUUCUUUGAUAAACAUGCUUUUGUUUGAAAUACAGUGUCUCUAUGUUCCCCUGUACCCUGCCUUUGGUGGAGAGUCUUAUUUUUGUGAGCAAUAUAAGAAAAUUAUGAAAAUUAGUAGCAAAAACACCUUUGAGACUGCAGCGAAGAAGGGAUGAAGCACCAGCUGAUACUUUCAGGUUGUUUUUGUUUAUAAGAUCUAAACUUAAAAUUUCCCUUAGAAAUCAGUAAGGAUAAGAACAUUUAAAUGAAGCUAAUGAACUUUUUAAAAAAAAAGAUAAAAUACCCACACCCAUAGUAAGAUAGUGAAAAAUGGAAAUCAGUUACCAAUUAUCAGGUUAUGCUAAAAUAAGCAAAAAAGUCUGCAUGUAGCAUAAUGGGCUUCCUCGAAACAGACCACCUUGCUCCACGUUCCUGAUGCGUGUGGGAGCAGAGGCCGUCGUAGCCGCGCGGGACCAGGUCUCCCAGCCUGUUGAGCUCCUGGCCCCCGCUGUGCUCCUUAGCUCGUGUUCUUGGCACAUGAAUGUUUCUCUAGUGCCUGAAAGGGCCAAUAAGGUCUAUCACUGUGUGAAAUUUUUCUUCUUCCACUAAAGGGUAUACAUAUUUCUGUAUAUUUUGAGGAACCAGUUUUAUAGUUGCCUAUUGAUGUGAACAAAAGAAUUUCCCAAAGUUCUGAAGUGCCUUGCUAACAUGCUGCCCCAGCAUCAUAACAACAAACUGCUCGGUAGUCACCCUCAUGAAACAGUCCUAUCUGAGUACAUCUUUUGAACUCUGAAGUAACUCAUUGUUUUCUUUCAGAUAUUAAUUUGUUAACCUUGUAAACAGCUAAAAAAUAAGGUGCAUAAAGGAAUAGCCCUAAAUACCUAAAAGAUUAAAUGUGUAGCCCUAAGGAAUUUUCACUUUGCCUCAGUACUGCCCAAUAAUGAAAAGCUUUGACGUGUCCUUCCCGCCAGAAAUAUCCUAGAUUCAUAGGAUAGUGGGGUCAAAGGGCAAUUGGAGGUCUUUGGGUGAUGAACCUCCCGUCUGCACAUCCAAUGGGCUCUCGGUGCCACUUAUUGGUAGCUCAUUCCAACCAAAUGAAAUCUUGAGGAGUUGUUAAAUUCAAGCACAGUUUGAGCUAUAUCAGUGGGUGAUCAAGGCAGUAACCUCACUUCAGACGUACCCACAUCCUGCACCAGGCCUCCUGCCCACGUUAACUUCAGAUUUGAAAGUUCACUGUCAGCACUUGCUUUGAGUGUCCAGCAUUAUCUGGAAGCCCGUCUUCCCCUCACGUUCAUCUCGAGCAGUUUCCCGUGGCUCGCAGACACGGCUCGGGUGGCUCAGCUCUGAGCGUCGGGGUGAGUACAGGAUACUGAGCCGUCCAGUCAUCUCGGAUUUCUCACGUGGAUUAUUUUGGUCCCUGAGAUAAUCAGAUCAGCCUUGAGUGACUGCUGAGGAGUGACGUUUCCUGACUUGAGUCUGCUCUAGCUCCUUGUACCUGAUGACCCUCUUCCCUUAAUGAGCCCUCGCACCACUGGGUUUAGCUUUCCUUGUCCCUUGUUGGGAGGCGUUGUGUGACCAUGGGCUGCUGCAUGUAAUUUAAGCUGGGCUCACCGCAUUGUAUUUUAUGAUCUUACGUGAAGAGAAUCUGUACUAGAAGUAAAACCUACUACCUACCCCCUCAAAGUGUUUGGCCUUGGGUCUGCAUUAAACUGUAUCAUACGUGUUGAUGCAAAAAAAACGGCUGGCAAUGUUUGCUUUCUUUACCUUCCCCUCAGCACGGCUUUCGGGUCAUUCUUCCUCCAGGGGGACUGAUCAGCCUGUGAUGAAGUAGUCACGAGGAUAAAUGUAACCAAUGUGUCUACUAAGUACAAUUUAAUGCUCUAUUGUGCUGAACUGCCUUGGUAUAAUAUAUUGAUAUUUGAUGUGAUUUAGUAUAUUUGAAAGGUUUAACUAGUAUUUUUGUCAUUUAUUUUACUUGGCCAGUUUUUUAAUCUUUUUUUGAGGCUCUUUAAGUUUAUCCUGUACAUACAGGUUUUUCUAAACAAAGCUCUUUCGCUUUUAACUCAUAGUAUUUUUCUCGAGAAUCAUUGGAGAAAUAUUUGCCAUUGAUGUCGAUGUAUAAUAAAGGUGUCAUUCCAGUGUGUGGUUCCCAUCCCCUUCCAUCAACCGUGUGACUAUUGUAAUACCAUGUCUGAAAUAAUUAAGUAUUAUUUUGAGAUAUACAUACUAGUAUACCCUUAAUUAUUGAUGAAAUAAACAAACAAUCUCUUAGCUUA